AGAAGACAGCCGGUGCUCGCCGGAUGACACACAACAAAUCGAAUUGCAAUGGCGUACGCGAAGGUGACACUUACGAUUUUUGUAUUUUCUUGUGCCUUCUUAUUAACCGCUGGACUGAAAAAUGCCGUUAUUAAUCUCGAUGAAACGAAUUGGACGGAUAUGUUAAAUGGUGAAUGGAUGGUUGAAUUUUAUGCCCCAUGGUGUCCAGCUUGUAAAGCUUUAGAAUCAGUUUGGAAAGAUUUCGGGACUUGGUCAGAAGAUUUAAGUAUCAAAGUUGCAAAAGUCGAUGUAACUGUAUCGCCAGGACUUAGCGGACGAUUUAUGGUCACUGCCCUACCAACGAUUUUUCACGUUUUAAAUGGUGAAUUUAGACAGUACAAAGGUAGCAGAGAUAAGGAUACCUUUAUUUCCUUUAUUGAAGAUAAAAAAUGGAAAUUAGUUGAACCUGUUCCAUCAUGGAAAUCUCCAGCUUCCAUUCAAAUGUCUAUUGUAUCUGGAUUUUUCAGAUUAUCACAAAUAUUAAGGCAAAUCCAUACACAAUUAAUGGAAGAUUUUGGACUUCCAACUUGGGGAUCUUAUUUAAUAUUUGCUGUUGGUACUAUUUUCUUGGGUGCUCUGCUUGGAUUUUUGUUAGUAUGUUGUAUAGAUUUGAUUUAUCCCCCAAAAACAACUGGAAAAGUAAAUGAUAUUAAAUCAAAGGUGGAUAAAAAAGCUGAUAAAAAUAGUGGAGAUGAAUUGGCUGAUGAAGAUAUCAAAGAUGAUUUGAUAGAUGACCAAGAAAAAGAUGAAAAUAAUUCGCAGUCUGAUUCGGAAGUUAAAGAAAAGGCGGGUAGCAACCCGAACAGUCCGGUUGUUAAGAAACGCAAACCUAGAAAGGAAUGAAUCGUCGAAGUGUUACCUAAUUAAUUGUUACUAAAGGAAAUAAAAAAUUAACAGGAUCUAUGAAACUGCUCCAGGAUUGCUUCAAAACACCAUGAAGGUAUUAUGACUUUCUACAGGAAAUAACUUUUUUCUUAUUAUACAUACCAUUAUUCCCAUUUUUUUAUCAUAAAUUAUAAAAAUUUAUUGAAAAGGAAAUGCAUUCAAUAGCACAAAUUUGUACAUUGUGUAUAAAAAAGAUAACAUGUUAACCAAAUAUUAAAAAAAAAAAAAAACAACAAAGAACAGAUUUUUCCUUUUUGCAUUUAAUAAGAAUUAUUCAGAAAUAUAUUUUUUGCACUUACAUUAUUCGUUAAGAAAUAGUGUUGUUUGUUUGUUUCUUUACUUUCAACAUUUUGUAUCCAUUUAUUUAUUGUGAGACACAGAUCGUUGAGAUUCUGUUUAACGAAAAAUUCUGAUCUAUUUGAAUCGUUACUUACUCAUUCCAAGGUUGUGUGUCUUUAAAAAAAAAAUUGUUUAAUAAAUUUUAUAUUUGUAUAGCUUG